GAUAUCAUACAAAUACUAAUCCAGAAUAUUAUACAGCAACUAUUAACAAUCAGCCACCAAGACCUGCAACUGGCACCGAAGUUUAUAUAAGUGCUCUUAUUGUGUUUAUCGGAAUAGUGGGCUUGUUAUGA